ACACAACUGUCAUGUUUUCACCUUUACCCUCAGCUUAUCUCUCUUUCUCGUCGUCUCUCACACGACAGACCACUCCCUCCGCCCAGCCCACACACUACCUUCCAUGUUCCUCCAUACCUCAAUCAAUAUUUUGUCUUUCUCUUCGUUAGGAUAAGUGGAAGGCGUGUCCCUAAUACUCAGGCCACCUCAUAAAACAUCUCCUCAUCACCGGAUGUAUCUCAUAACAAGUGCUGCAACUUAGUUUCGACUUAAGAUCUGCAACAAUCACUGAAGAAGGAUGAGACUUAUCUGCUGCCUCCUGGCGGUCACUGUGGCCUUUGCCUCCGCGCAGACUGUGCCAAAUUUCAAAAAUGGGCGAAAGGUCAUAGUUCACCUGUUUGAAUGGAAGUGGACGGACAUCGCCGCUGAAUGUGAACGUUAUCUUGGAAUGUAUGGCUUCGCUGGGGUACAGAUUUCUCCUCCCAGUGAGCACAACGAGGUCUGGUCACCGUGGCGCCCGUGGUACGAGCGUUACCAACCCAUCGGGUAUGGUUUGAACAGCCGAAGCGGGAACGAGGCAGAGUUUGCGGACAUGGUUCGACGAUGUCGAGAUGUCGAUGUCCUAAUCUACGUCGAUGCCGUCAUCAAUCACAUGGCAGCAUUUGAUUAUUACUUCCCGCUCGUUCCUUACCACAGUACUGACUUCAACGUUCCCAGUGGUAAUUGCAAGACCGGAAACGACAUGAAUUAUGGGAACGCAGAAAGCGUAAGAAACUGCGACUUGGUUGGCCUGAACGACCUCCGUUUUGGAGCCCAAUGCGACUAUUAUACCAACGACAAAGUCAUCGAGUAUCUGAACAAGAUGAUCGAUUACGGUGUUGCCGGUUUCAGGAUCGAUGCUGCCAAGCACAUGUGGCCCGGGGACCUGUGGGAUAUUGUUGGAGGACUCAAGAACACAUGGGAUGGCAGCAGACCCUAUGUAUUCCAGGAGGUUAUUGAUCGCUCAGGAAGCGAGGCUGUUUCAUGCCAUGAGUACACCGGCAUCGGCGAUGUCACCGAAUUCAAAUAUUGCGAUAAGAUAGUAGGCAUCGGUCGUGGCAACAAUUUGGCCAAGUAUUUCAGUAACUUCGGAGAAGCGUGGGGUAUGAUGAACACCGACAGCGCCUUCGUGUUCGUUGAUAACCAUGACAACCAGCGCAGCCACGGAGGCGGUGGCGACAUCCUUACCUACAAGGAAUCCACACCCUACAAGAAAGCCUUGGCCUUUGGUAUGGCGUGGGAUUACGGCACCUUCCGCAUCAUGAGCAGUUUUGAAUUUUCCGACCCCGACUCAAGCCCACCGGCUAACAGCGACGGAUCUACCCAGUCACCCUACAUCAAUGCUGAUAGUACAUGCGGCGGAGGCUGGGUCUGUGAACAUCGCUGGCGACAAAUCCGCAACAUGGCGUGCUUCCGUAAUGCAGCUGGUUGGGAGCCUGUGCUGAACUUUGUGGACAACGGUAACAACGCAAUCGGCUUCUCCCGAGGGAACCGCGCCUACUUUGCGCUCAACAACGAGGGGUACACAGUAACCGGAGACGUUUACACCGGUCUUCCUGCUGGCGAGUAUUGUGACGUCAUUAGCGGUGACCCAACGAAUUCGGGUUGUACCGGAAGGACUGUCACGGUGAAAAGCGACGGUAGGGCCUGGCUUAGCGUCGACCCAGGCGAAGAUUCAAUGGUUGCUUUUCACAUCGGGGCUAUGGCCGGAAGCGGUAGCGGAUGCAGGUGGUAGAAUCAGGUUUGACUGGGGGAGCGUUUCAUGAAAGGACAUGUCGGACGUUUUAUCCGACAAGUCCAGGUUUAUCCGACAGGUAUCAUAGUAACAGUGGUUCUCAGUCAUUUUAAUGCAGGGAAAGUUGUCAGAUCUGACAACCUGUCGGAUGAAAAUGUUGAUGAAUCACUCCCCUGAAUGACACUCUUUGAUUCGAUUACUUUCACAUCGGCAGUCCAGUCUGCACUGAAUUUUAAAAAGGGUCUUUUAAUCGCAAAGCAAUUGGGUAACUGGAAGAUUAAAAAAAAAAUCAUGCAAAUUGCCAGGAAAUGAAACAAAACUAAUUGAAAAUGAUCUAAUAUACUUGGCUGAUUGGGAACAUUGACAUGCAUAUUUGAAGAAGAAUUUUGGUAAGUACUGAAAACGACUUUCACCUGUUUUAAUUUGGCUAGCUUACGAGUAGAAUUCGUGGUCUAUCAUUUCCCAUGCCACGCAUCAAACUAUCAACAACAAAAAAUACAAAUAUGUGAUUAAGAACACUAUGAAUAUGAGUAGACAAUAAUUAUUCUCAACUGAAUGCAAAUAUGUACCAGUAAAAACUUUUCUGAUUUGAAUGCAAGAAAUGUAUAUUAUUAUCACAGAGAUGUCAAUGCUACCGAUACUAGCAAAACAAUUGAAUACUUAGGAAUGUUAACCUAUUGUGUUUUCUUUUCCGUAAUUUUUAAUCAUUCUAAUGUCUGUUAUUACAAAUCCAAUGAGCAUGUGCUCCUAAUCAGGACUGCCCUUGGCAUUGGAUACACAAUACACAUGUUAGUAUAGAGUGACGGCAUCCAGUCGAUGAUAAUGCUAUAAUUGCUAGGACAUUAAUGUGGUAUAACCAGUUGUGGUAGCUCAUUCACAAUCUUUGGUUUAAAAAAAAAAAAACACCGAACAUCACAUUAUCAGAUAAUGGGUCAUGCUGUACAAUUGAGGAGGGGGUUGGAGGCUAUAAGUUUUCAUUAGUUUCGUCAUUCAAUCUUAACAGUACUUAUUCGUAAACAUGAAUAUUCACAAAUGCGAAAGUAACUUGAUUUAUAGAGAGUUUUAUUGUUGUAACCCACAAGCAUAUGCUGGAUCAAAUAAAUAUGAAAAUUGAUUACCCUUGCAAUUGCCGUUUGUUGUGAGUUUCGUGCGUUCUACAUGAUUAAAUACUACAACUGUUUGAAAAGAAGCAUUCGACAAUAGAUAGUUUUACAGUAAAUACAUUUACACCUGUGGCGGAUCUAGCUCUAUGCUAACCGAUGACGAUGAGCUUAGACUACUGAGUCCUACCCCUCCCCAUCCGCAGAUCUGCUACUGUUCAGCUAUCAUCAGUGAUCCUCGUCAGCAGGAAAAGAGGUGCUGGAGUUUGACACUCCCUCCUUUUUUUUAAGGGAGCCUGAGGGGGUUAGUGGGUUAGCGAUCCCCUCCCUCUCCCGAUCCACUUCACACUAACGCUCUCUUCCAUGUGGACACGUCGUAGUCUAGUGGUUCCGACCUCCGUCUUUCAUACUGAGGGUCGUGGGUUCAAAUCUCGGCCAUGGGGCUAGAACUAUAUCAAAACUUUACUGCAAUCAAGCCAGGCGAGGUGAGAGAGCGGUUGCGAUUUAUGUCUUCUGGCAAGGGGCUUUAUAAAUCCUGCUAAUUAUAAAACCUACCUAACGUUAUUAUUUGAGAGAGGUACGGACGCUUUAAAGUGUCAUUGACUUGUGGAAAUUACGAGAUUAUUUAUCUCGCCAAGUUGACAUAUAUAUACAUAUACUCUCAUGUAUUUUUGGCGAGAUAACGUAUCUGACCAAGGUGACAUACACUUCAUAGGGGAAAGUGGGGGUAAAACGGACUACCUAACUUUGGCUCGUCAUAUCUCUGUCAUACAAAAUGCCCAAGUUUCCUAAGGGCAACACAUGAUAGGAUUGGGUAAAACCUAUAAAGGCCUUUAUUUCAUUUUCUUCAAUUCCCAAUAAUUUUCUUGAAAAUGGAGCUCAAUGAAUUUCUGAGUGAAGGUCCGUUUACCUCAUGGUCUGUGUAAAAGGGACCCAGGUAUAUGGACAAAACGGAUCACUUUGCAUCCGUAGGCCUAUCACCUGGAUUUCAUGAGUUCCUCGUUGAUGUCCGUUUAUAAUCUCUAGACAUUUUGUUACCUGCACAUAAAGGUCAUAGGCUUAAAUUUGUUAUGCAAUGCAUUAUUCAAUCAAUACCAUAUUUCCCCCCAAAAGUACUUUUCAUAACACUUUUCUAAGUAAGAUAAAGAGGUAUAAUCGUCUCAAGAUCAGGUUUCAUUGUCAGGUUUCAUCAGGGGUUCUUGCCCAAUCUUAAUGAUCUUUAUCUUGCCUAUAUUGAAAUGAAUACAAAAUAAAUUUAAUUGUUUUGGAACAUUUUGUGUUGAAAUCUGCAAACAUGAGUGAGCCUUUGAAUUUC